AUGGCGCAGCUGCUGCAGCAGCAUGGGGCGGCGUCGCUUGUCUUUUUGAACUCUGUGGAGACGGUGUCGUUCUCUGUGUGGUCGGCGGAUGCUGCCCAACCGGAAGAAUUUUUCCAUGCCCAGAUCCGAGCAGGAAUGGGCUCUCUUAGGGCGCCCUUUCAGGACCGCAAGUCCCUGGCGCCGCUGCUGCCGCUGCUGGGGAGCGGUGGUGGAGGGGAGGGAGAAGGGGGUGUGGAAGGAGAUGGGAGGGUGGGGAGUGGAGAGGUUGGAAGGGAUGGAGAAAGGGAGCAGAGGUUGGGAAAAGGGAAAGUGGGGGAGGAGGUGGGAGGAGAGAAAGGGACGCUACAGCCGCAGCAGCAGGAGGAGGAGGGAAGGAGGAGUGGAGAGAGGUCGGGGAAGGUUGCGGGGCAUGGGGGGGGUGGUGGUAAGAAGGCUGGAGUGUCUGACGUGGCGAUUGAUCGUUGGCUUGUGGUGCAGACUUUUGGAGCUGGGAGUUCCCUGGAUAUGGCAAGAAGCAAGAGGUACCUCUCCUUCAACCUCUCACCAGUGGCCGGCGCCGCCACCCGAAUCCUCCGGAACGGCGAGAUUAUCCCCUUCGCCACCACCCACCCCUUGCCUACACAACAAGAAGCAUUACCAUCCCUGUCAGCCGUCGCCUCUUCCUCCUCCUCCCUUGCCGCCCUCCGCCCGUCCCUCCCGGCCUCGGUUGUUCUCGCGCCUCUGCCCGUGCCACUCAACCUGCCCUUCCCAGUGGCCCUUUUCGGCCACUUCCUCCUCCUCCGCAACCCCGGCUAUCCUCGCUCCCUCUUCCUCCCUUCCCCCUCUUCCUCUCCCGCUUCCUCCUCUCUCUCCUCCACUCCUUUGGCGCCUUCUGCUGACGUGGCUAUGGGCGCCACGUCAGCAUCUGCCACGUCACCAAUGGACGCGCUGAUGCAGGCGUGGAACGAGGAGCUGCUGACAGGUGUGCGCGAUGCGUACAUCGGGCUCCUGCUGGAGAUGCAGCGGAUCCGAAUCGGCGAAUCGCGGCUGGUAUCGGGACUGUCUAUUCUGUCUGGUGGUGGAACCAUGCCUCAUCAUCAGUCUCAGGGGCAGAGAGGCAAUAACCGCCAGCAUCAGCAGAAUCACCAGCAGCAGCAGCAGUUGAGAGGAGCGCUGUUCCCAGCGGAUCAAUUCUACUCACUCUUCCCUCGCUCCUCCACUCCUGCUCGUGCCGCUCUUCCCGCAAUCCCCACUGCUUCCUCUUCCGCCCAUCCCUCUUCUUCUCCUCAUCCCACCUCUUCUCAGCCUGCUUCCCCUGAGAAUGAGCCAAAAGCACAGCCAACAGGAGCAGCAGGGGCAGCCGCCACAGGUGAUGAGCUGGCGCUGCGUGAUUGGCUGGUGCGGCCGAUGUAUGUCCGGCUGGCAGAGCUGCCCGUGUGGCAGCUCCACAGCGGUGCAGCAGUCCAAGUCAGCCAAGGGAUUGGAGCGCCGCCCGAGGCGGUGUGUGAGUUUCUGCGGGCGCACUACCGCGUGUUCAGCGUGCCGUGGGACCUGGUGGGGGAGCUGCAUGCGGCCGGCGUGGCCACUCAGGCGCUGACACCUGGCAUGCUGCGGUCCCUGCUGCGCGGGCCGAAUGCCACUAUGAACACUGUCCCCGUGACCACACAGGACAGGGACUCUCCUGGGGAGAAGGCCCUGCUGAGCUGUCUCGGCGUGAGGGUCAUUGACGAGGCGGACGUUCUUGCAAAAUUUGCGCUGCCCGGAUUUGACGGGCAGGGCGAGGAGGAGAGGGAGAGGGUGCUACAGUACGUUGUGCAGCACUGGCAACAGCUGAAGCAGAAACCAGCGGUUGUGGACGCGCUGAAAGAGACAAAGUUUGUGAUACCAGCGCCGCCCACUGCUGAUGCCGGCUCUCUCAUCCCUCCUCCUGAUUCUUUCCCUGCAAUUGCCCUCUCUGUUGCCGCAGCCACCACAGAAAGCGACACAGGGGACUUUGUAAACGUGGAUCUGUUUUCAGGAGGCCGCAUUACUGGUGACAGCAGCAGCAGUGGUGGCCUGGCUGCUGCUGCUGGAGCAGCAGCGGGAGGAGUGGGAGGAGCAGGAGGAGGGGGGUUGGGGGAAUCGGGCCCGGUGGUGGGGGUGGAGGAGGAGCUGUGGGUGGUGGCAGGGAGGUUGACAGAGGCGCUUCUUGCGAAUGUGGCGGUGGUGUUUGGCAGCAGUGCCAUGGAGUCGCUGGGGCAGAUCAGGUUCAUCCCAGCAGAGCGAGGAAUACCGACAGGCGGUGCAGCAGUUGACCGGCGGUGCCUCGCCAGCUAUGCUGCCUGCGUGGCGCCCUCUGAUUGGCCGCUCGCGUGGACGGCGGUGCCUGUGCUGGCAAGGGAAGCCUACGUCCCGCCGCAGUUCACGUGGCUCAAGCUGGGGCUCAAAUCGCCACCGCCUCUCAGCCUCGUUCUCACUCAUCUGAAGGUACGCUCCCUCACACCCAUAGAAGACCCGGCUGCUGUUUUCCUCGCCAAUGAAAUCGACCCGCGCUGCCUGCGCCUCGUGCACCCGCUCCUGCCGCCGAGCCACGCGGCCAGGCUCGGCAUCCCGAGCCUGUCGCAGGUGAUUGAACAGGAGCUGGACCCGAACCUGCCGGGGCAGGGGGCAGGAGGAGGAGGGGGGGGCAGUGCAGCAGCAGAGAGCACACUCAAUCCUGCCUCGUCCUCACUCGCAACACCCGCAUCCACGCUGCGCUACGGGCAGGUGAUGGCAGACGUGAGGGCGACAGCAGGCCAGGCGCUGUGCCGUGUGCAGGUGGAGACCUUCCCCAAUGAGAUGCGCCUGCUGCUCUCCUCCUCCAUUCUCUCCUUCAAAUCCUCCACCUCCUCCUCCGCUUCAGCUGCUGCAGCAACAGCAGCAGCAGGGGAAGAGGCUGCUCUUCCCCCUGCUGUUACUGUUGCGGCUGCUGCCGCUGCCUCCCCAGGCUCAACGGCUCGCCCUCCUGCUUCUCCUGAUUUGGACGCUGCCAGCUCAGCGGCAGCUGUUCCAGCUGGGACCACGUCAGCGUCAGCGGUUGUCCCACCUGGCGAGGUGGUGCGGGCCGUGAACGACAUGCUGGCAGCGGCUGGGAUCCCGCUGGGUGGCGGGCAGCAGCGGCUGCUGACUCAGCUGCUGACGAUGCAGGAACAGGUGGCGGCGGUAGAGGCCACUCUGGCGCAUGAACAGGCACGAGCGGAGCAGGCGGAGAAGGAAGCAGAGUCUGCCAAGGCCGCCUGGACGUGCCGCAUCUGCCUGGCUGCUGACGUCAGCGCGGUGCUGGUGCCAUGCGGGCACGUGCUGUGCGCCAGCUGUAUCGCCAGCGUGCACCGCUGCCCCUUCUGCCGCUCCCAUGUGGCGCAAACAGUGCGCCUCUUCAGGCCGUAG